AUGUCGCCAGAAGAAAUUGAGCUCAUCGCCGAACUCAGAGAAUCCAUCGCCAGGCACACAUCUGGGACAUCCCCCACGCUGCAGGCAUGCGCGACAGCGUCGGCGCACGCUGGAGAGCUCGACGGUUCAGAUUCCAACGCGAGCUCUGAACCUUCAGGAGUGCCCAGCACAAGCGCAGAACCUCCAUCGGUGGCGGGGACAUCCAAUGUGACUCCCGCACAAUCUUCGCGGAGCGCCAGACGGAGAUCUGCCAACCUCACUACUCCUGAGAAGCUCGAAGACAGGAGGGCGAGGAAUCGCAUUGCGGCAGCCAAGUGUCGCAAGAAGAAACUUGACCUGAUCGCCAGUCUUCAGCAUCAGAAAGCCCUUCUGGAACGAGGGCAGAGUGUUUCGAGCAUCGAGAGCGAUGAGUCACAGGAUUAG